AACAUAUCAAGAUGCCUGUCGACUACAGCGGGACGUGGGACAUUGUCAGCAAUGUGAAUUUUGAGGGAUACAUGGUCGCACUUGGCAUUGAUUUUGCAACUCGCAAGAUUGCCUCGAUGUUGAAGCCCCAGAAAGUGAUUAAGCAAGACGGAGAUUGUUUCACAAUCAGGACAUUUACUACUUUUAAAAAUUACGAGACUUUGUUUAAAAUUGGAGAAGAAGUCACAGAGGUGACUAAAGGGAUGGACAACCGGUCAUGCCAGACUGUGGUGAACUGGGAAAAUGAUAAGCUGGUGUGUGUUCAGAAAGGAGAAAAGAAGAACCGAGGGUGGACUCACUGGAUUCAGGGAGAUGAGCUUCAUCUGGAACUUACUUGUCAGGAUCAAGUCUGCAAGCAAAUUUAUAAAAAGACUUUGUGAUCUUGCCUUUUAAAACAAUGUCAGAUUUCAGAAAACUUUAAUCCCAGUAUUUCAAAGUAAAUAAAACGGCAUAAAAAGCCACACAAUGUCGUUUCUAUACUUUAUAAAGAGCAUGUAACUUGAGUGUGGGCUAAUGUGUGUGAUUAAAUGUAUCCAUGAUGUAGUACCUCCUCCGGACCGCACGGUGGUGCUGUAUAAUAAACAUUGAAUUAAAGUUGUU